UUAAUAGAACAUCUAUGUGCUUUGCCCCGUCACCGGAAACAGAUGUCGGUUUGCGCGCGGAGUUUGAUGUGAAACAGCGCGCGUGAAUCAUCCCGUCGUUCACCCGCGGUGAAACCAGAGCUGAGCAGCGUCCGGUAACCGGUGACCCGACACACACACAGACACACACCGACACACACACAGACACACACGAACUGAGCUCUUCUCAGAAGAGUGGAGGAAACCUGCUGCAGAUGUUGUACAAUAAACCCAGUCGCUGGUCCUACACUUUCCAGACUUAUGCGUGCCUCAGCAGAAUUCGAGCUCAGCUUCAGGCUCCAUCUGCCAAACUUCAAGAGGCAGAAAACCCAGUUCAGUUCUACGAGCGCUCCGUCUACUCAGACAGGUAUGUGUUUGCAUCCAACCUGUUUGAGAGCGGUGACCUGACUGAGACAGAGUGGAGUGUUUAUCAGGACUGGCACACCUGGUUACUGAACCAGUUUGAAUCUGACAUAACCCUCAAUGGCAUCAUCUACCUGAGAGCGCCUCCACAGCGCUGCAUGCAAAGAUUGCUGCACCGCGGCCGUGAAGAGGAGCAGGGGAUUCCUUUGGAGUAUCUGGAGCAGCUUCACUUCAAACAUGAGUCCUGGCUCUACCACAAGAACCUCAGGUUGGACUUUACGUACCUGAAUGAACUUCCUGUUUUAGUUCUGGAUGUUGAAGAGGACUUCAACAAGGAUCGAAUCAAGCAGGAAGUUCUCAUCAACAAG